UCUUCGCUGCGAUGGGUGCCUCUUGUAUUGCAGCAUUGCCGAUCACCCCGCCCACAGCAGGUUCAAAUAUCUCGAAAAUAAGGGAACUGUCUUCAGAGUAAAAGAAGAAAAAGGGUGAAAGGGCUAAGAGAUACCUACUAGUUAUGCCCAAGAUUCCCGCCGCAGGAUGUUGGGUACUCGGUGUUCUGCUUAUAUGUCGACGUUGACGGCCUGCGGUCUCUCUUUAAUCAUCUUCCUGCAGCCCAUUCCCAUCAGAGCUGCUUCUAUUUGGGGCGCCAGCAUCUGGAUUGACCCUGCGCCGCCCCCAGACGAAGGACCGCCAAUAUCUGCAUCUGCUACAAAAGAUACUGCGUUGCUUUGGAGGGAGAUUGUUGCCAUAGUCGCCGCUUACAUCGCCGUCGUGUCUCUCUUACUAGGCUGCCUAUUGACAGUUGGCAGACGACUCCGUCGUGGUGCACAGGAGUCUAACGGAACGCUGGAGAUGGAUCUCGUCAAACCGUCUGGUGGAAUGAUGGAAGACUCGCCAGCUCCGGUGGAGUUCUCUACCAACAAUAUGUGGCCGAGCCCAAUGAGCACCAAGACCCAGAGUAAUAAUGUCUGGCCGAGUCCGCCCAAAAACAAAGCUCGAUCCUUCAAUAUGCCAUGGUCUUCUUCAAAUCGAGCGCAAUCGGCACCGUCGAUAGCUGGAAGCGUCUCAACAGUUGACGAGAGCGUUGUCCAGGCCGACCGGGUGAAAGCGCAAGAAGAGAUGGAAAGACUUUCCCGAUCUAAGAACUCCGCAUCUUCGCCAAAGAAGCUACUUGGCCGUAGCUCUAUACGAGGCCUUCACAUUUCAUCUCCCAUGGGCUCACCCGAACUGAAUUCUCGAGACUACCCUGAUAGACAACCCCUCUCACCUCGCACUUAUAAUCCAGGACCUCCUCCCUUGACUCCCCAUGAACAAGCAAAAUUGAACUCUCCUCAGCCCAGCACGGCACCUCCCCCAUCAUUCCUCACUUCUCCUCCCAGCAAGGAGUCACUAGAUAGCCGCAAAUUCCGCCCUACUCCUCCAUCAUUGAACAUCAAUACAGCUCACAGCACACCUCCACUGCCGUUCCGCGUUGCUUACGAUAGCCCCAUGAGCGCACCAUCCACUAAGACCACCAUCGUUGAGCGAAGGACGAGUCUUUUGCAUGGACCACGAACUGGUGUUCCUCGAACGCCUUACAGCCCAUAUAUGCCCUUUACCCCCAUUACACCCCUAACGCCCAGCCAUGUUGUCACCCGCCAGGAGCGGAAGCAAAGACAGAAACGGGACGGGCCUAGAGUGUUGAUGGAAGAGGACCUAGUUAAGAGUGACGAAGAUAUGUGGUCAUAG